UUCUGAGGUAAGGCUGACUUCCGGCCUUUUCUAUACACAUUACAUUUGCCACCAUGGCAAAAGUUAAGGCGAAGGAACUCCGGGGUAAGAAGAAGGAAGAUUUGAUGAAACAGCUUGAUGAGCUCAAAAACGAGCUUGCUACCCUGAGGGUUGCCAAGGUGACAGGUGGAGCUGCAUCAAAGCUGUCCAAGAUUCACAUUGUCCGUAAAUCAAUUGCCCGUGUGUUGACUGUCAUUCAUCAGACACAAAAAGAAAACCUAAGGAAAUACUACAGGACAAAGCGCUAUAAGCCCAAGGAUCUUCGUCAAAAGAAAACACGUGCUAUUCGUCGCAAGCUCAUUCCUUCUGAACUUGCUCAGAAGACCAGAAAGGAGCGUAGGAAGAACAGUCUCUAUCCUAUGAGAAAAUUUGCUGUAAAAGAAUAGACAUGUUACCUUCAAAUAAACCGUUGGGGUAGAAAA